AUGGAGAUGGUGGAAACAGAAGAAGGUUUAGAUAUCAACAAUGUCAGUAAUCACAGCGCUGAACUGUUGGUGAGUGCAUCUGAAAGCAGUUGUAGUACAACCAGUACCAUACCAAUUAGCAUAGGGUCGCCAUUGACACCUGUUUCUGAUGAUUUCCCUAUGCCAACGAUAACGAGUCUUUUGAAGGAUGCCACAACGAUCAUGGAAAUCCCCAAGUACGUUGGUUGGACGGUGGAGGAGUUCAAACAGUUGCGAUGGCUUAUAGUGAAUGAUUUGACUCGUAGUUCAUUGGCCUCAACAUUUCCUACCAAAGAUAUACUGGAUAUAGUCGAUAAGAUCAAACUGAGGGUAUAUGAUACGGAGAAGAUCCCUUGGACUGAGCCGGAGAUAAUGUUGGUUUACCAAUAUUUAAGACUGGGUUUACCCUUGUCCAGCACUGAAUUCCCAUUGAGGAGUCCAACUAAGUGUAAACAACUCAAUACCCUUUGUAUGGAAAUAUCUGAUGCUAUGAAAACUUCAGAGUGGACUGUUCAAGAUGUGGUUGAUUUCCAUAUGGCAUUAGAAUAUGAAUUUACAACUUCAUAUAUCCAAUUUUUAUGGCCUCAUAAGCCAAUUGAGAGUGUUUUAAAGGUUAUAAAUUCCAUAUCUGUUAAUUUCCCUCGUUCACUCAAAGAAGAGCUAUAUUUAAACUUACCUGAAGAGACGAGAAGUUUGAAUGAGUAUCGAGCAGAAUUUCCCCAAAGAAUCAAGGCUAAUAAGUUCCCUGCCCAUCCAAGACAACAUAUAGUCCAUGAAACAAUAGAAAUAGAAAGAAAUGGUCAAUUAUACGAUAGAGUGGUGGAUAUAAGUAAUUUAAGAGAUCUCAGUGAUAUUUAUCCGUUGGAAAUUAUAGAUGAAUGUAUUGAUAACGAUUUAACCAAAUCAUGUUUACAAAGCAUGUUCCCAGGAGAAGAUAUUACAAACAUAGUUCAGCAAGUGAUGAAAAGAAUCAAUAAUAACGCUGAUGGCGAUGAUCAGCAGGAAAUUCCGUUUACUAGAGGGGAAAGAUUGAGAAUGAAAAAGUUUGCUGCUGAUCAAGUACCAAUGGAUACUAUAUUUAAUGAAUUCCCAUUAAGAACUCCAGAAUAUUUAACCAGAAAGUACAAAGAAUUAUGUUUGGUUAGUCAUAGACAAAGGACAUUCAAGAAUAGUUAUGAGAAAUUGAUCUAUGAAGCCAAAUGGUAUGCAUCAAUGGAGGAUUCCUCCACUAGUUCAAGAAGUAGUAGAAGAAGACGAAGGGGAAAUGAAGUUGAUUUGGAUAAUUUAGAAGAAGAAGCCAGAUCUAUUUCCCAAAGGAAGAAGAAGACGCAAGUCUCGGUUUUAUCUCAAGAGGAAAAGGCUAAAAGAUCAGCAGCUAGAAGGGUGAAACAGGAACAAUUAGCUGAGGAACGAAGAAAAAAAAGACAAGAGAAAGCCCAAUUACUUGAGUACAGAAGACAAAAUGGUCUUAUUCGACCCAAAAUGGAGCCCAAGACUCUUCUUACUCAACUUAAAGAAGCAAAUGAUUACUUUAUGACAGUUGCUGGUGAUCGACAAAGGAUUAAUGAAGGUGAAGUUCGGAGACGUAAACGAACAGAGCAUUUCCAACCUGAAUAUAAUGUCAAGAUUAAGUCACUGGUGACAAAGAAGACUUUACGGCAAUUGCAAAAGGAAAAGAUAAAGCUGGAGAAGAAGAAGUUGAGAGAAGAAUUAAAGAAGAAACGAGAACAGGUAAGAGUGGAGAAACAUAAGAAGAAACAGAGUAAGAAGAGGAAGUCCAAUAAUACCAAAAUCAAAAUAGAAGAACAGCUAGAUGAUUUAGCUGAGGAAGAAGUGGAUAUAAAGGAAGAAUCCCCUGAAGUUCAAGAUGAAAUUAGUCCCUUUGAUCCGGAUGAUAUUGUUCGAGAUACUUUGGUUCCGCUUAAUGGCAGAGAGCUUUUCAUUGAUAGCAUUUAUAAGGCAGAACCUUUCAUUCACAAGGUUGAAUAUGUGGAUAAUUGUCCCUCUGAACUCAUGACUCAAGCAAGUACUCAGAUUAACACCAUCGAUACACUAGCAGCUGAUAUUGUUACCAACCACAUAUUUUAUUAUCGAGAUCUUCCUAUAUCAUUCCCUCCAUUGACGGUUAUGGACGAGACAACGUCCAAACCUAUUCCAAAUGUUAACAACAAGGUCAAUUUGCGGUUUCUUCUUUACCCUCAACAUUGUGAACAGUUUGUGCUUGGCUCACCCAAGAGUAACGAACUAGAUCCCAUUUAUGAGAUCCAAAAGUUUUUCCAGUUACAUUACGGCUUAUACUUUUCCCAUUCUGAGAAGUUAAAGAAGAUUAUAGUAGAAGACUACUGUGCCAAAUUGGAUCAUUAUGUUGAUGAGAAUGAUUUUUCUGAAUUUAUGUUUAUUAUUGAUAAAUGGAAUAAGCUAAUGAUCGAACUUUCUCCCAAUGAUAUCGUUAUCGAUGAUGACCAAGAAGAUAUUAAUAAAGCAGUCAGAAUUUAUAGUACUAGAUACGAGGAAGCCAAACAACCAACUGCUGUGGAUUUAAGAUUGGAUGUUUUCUUUUCUGAAAUGCUGAGGAAACCUAAUGAUCAACCUGAUAGUGAAGAGAUAGAGCAUCCAAGUCCAAUUUAUGAUAUUGUCACUCCUUCAAUCAAAAUCGUUACUCCUCCGUUAUCUGGAACCGAAGAAGAAUUCAAAACUUCUAUUAACAAAGUUUCAACUAAACGAGAGGGGGGUCCUAAAAUCGAAGAACCUCAAAAUAUUCAACAAGGUCUGUCAUCGUAUUCGAAUGCCAAUUAUAUGAAACCAAAGUCAUAUAAUAAAGACAUUUUUGAUAGACUAAGAGAGAAAUCCACCAUUUCAAGAUUCACCACUCAACAAAUCUUCCUUAGAGUUUAUUCUAGAGUAGUAUCUAUUGAUUCUAGAAAGCUUCGUUCCUAUAAAGCAUUUACUGCUGAAGUUUAUGGAGAGUUGUUACCUUCAUUUAUGAGUGAAGUUUUAACCAAAGUCAACUUCCAGCCUCAUCAAAAGUUUUAUGAUUUAGGUAGCGGAGUAGGUAACACUGCAUUCCAAGCAGCGUUGGAGUUUGGAGGUCAAUGCUGUGGUGGAUGUGAAUUGAUGGAACAUGCUUCUAAAUUGACAACAUUACAGCAAAAUUUAUUGAACAAGCAUUUGGUACUGUUUGGAAUGAAACCACUAAACUUGGACUUUGCACUUCUGCAAAGUUUUGUUGAUAAUGAAGCCGUACGGAAAGUAGCUCUUGAAGCCGAUGUGCUCUUGGUGAACAAUUAUUUAUUUGAUGGGAUGUUAAAUAAUGAAGUGGGAAGAUUAUUAUAUGGCUUGAAAACUGGAACUAAGAUCAUUAGUUUGAGAAACUUUAUUGCCCCAAGGUAUCGAGCUUCGGGUGAUAGUAUUUUCGAUCGACUCAAAGUGGAGAAGCAUGAGGUUAGUGAUUUUCUUUCUGUCAGUUGGACUGCUAAUAAGGUACCUUAUUUCAUAUCCACUGUUCAAGAGAACAUAUGUCCGGAAUAUCUCGGAACUCAUACACCGGAAUAA